GUGCAUUAUAUUUAUAUGUGCAUCUCAGCGGUGCUGAUCUGCUGCGCCCACAUUUCGUCGUCGGAAUCUCCCGUGCGCUCUUGCCCGAAGUACGGCAACUCAAGCAGCAGCGUGAAGGAGCCUGACUACUCGGUGUUAUAUCGCUACCUGACGGGCACAGGAGCCCACAGCUUCAGGGACUCGGUGACCCUCGGCUUCUUGGGAGCUUACGGACACACGCCGUUCGAUCUGGGCGCUCUGCCCUUGGCGGUGCACAAUGUCAAUCACAACCCUCACCUUCUUCCAGGGCGACGCCUGCAGUACCUCGCGGCUGACAUCGGCACUCAUCCCAGUCGUCAAUCGUCCCUGGCGACUUUGGCGAUUCGAGUCAUGACGGAGAUGAGAGACAACGGCACGGUGGCCUUCAUUGGGCCUGACGACACCUGCCGCUCGGAGGCCCUGGUGGCUGCCGCUUGGAACCUCCCCAUGAUAUCAUAUAAGUGUGCGGACAUCCACGUGUCCGACAAGAGGGUGUACUAUACGUUUGCUCGCACCCUGCCACCGUCCUCGAAAGUUUCAAAGUCCGUAGUAGCGUUGCUGCUGUACUUCAAAUGGACCAAGUUUAUCAUCGUGGCGGGGAAACGACCAGCUUGGGGCGGCGAAGUGCAAGAGGCUGUCAAGGAUCUAGCCAGUGUGUACAACUUGAACAUCACAGAUAUCUACCAUUUCUCUGAAACAGACUAUGUUUCCACAGAGCAACAUAUCUUAGAGAUGGAAGAUAUUGUAACAAAGACGUACCAGAGAACUCGGGUGUACGUAUUUGUGGGAGAACACAUUGCAUUGGUGGACUUUGUAUAUUGCCUUCAAAGACUCCAUCUACUGGACAAAGGAGAAUACAUCAUAAUUUCUGUGGACGAUGAGAUUUAUGACCCUGACCAUCGACUCAACAUCGUUCAACGGGAGUACCUGGAUCCUUACUUGUAUAAUCGGAACUUCAGUCGGAAGAUCAUUCUAGGCUUCCGGUCAGUGCUUAAGCUGACGCCUUCUCAUCCUCGGAAUCCAAAGUACAAGGAGUUAUGUGAGCAGAUCAAGAACUUUUCUCUGAAACCACCCUUCUGUGUACCAUACCAUGAGAAGAUAUAUGACAGUAUCUCCGUGCCGAUAGAUGCGGCCCACCUGUACGACGCCGUCAUGAUCUAUGCACGAGCUCUGACCGAGGUGUUCCAAAAUGGUGAAGAUCCACGUAAUGGUUCAGCUGUGCUUCAGAAGAUUCGCAACCGUUCUUAUCACUCUGUACAGGGCUAUGAUGUGUUUAUUGAUGGAAAUGGAGAUGCUGAGGGAAACUAUACUGUGGUGGCACUAUUAGAUGAUGAAACUGUAAAUGGAAGCUUGCGAAUGAGCAUGCAGACUGUUGGCUAUUUUCAGUACACUCCAAAUGCCAGCAGCAACCCACAUGAACUGCCUGAAUUCAAAUACUUUGAUGAACAUAGAAAAAUUCAGUGGGUUGGUGGUGUUCAGCCCCAGGCUGAGCCACCCUGUGGAUUCCAAGGAGAGAAAUGUAUCUACAAACCAGACUGGAGGGUGAUUGUGACAUUAUCUGUCCUCUUCUCCCUGCUGCUUGUUGGGGGCAUCUUUGCUUUUAAGCAUUAUCGCUAUGAGCAGAAAUUGGCAUGUCUGCUAUGGAAGAUAGACAUGCGAGACGUCACCGUCAUCCCGACAGAGACUGCCGAAGCCACAAACAAGAGUAUGAUUCAAGUGUGUCGGCAGAGCGCGUUCCAAUGCGGCGCAGCUGUAGGAGGCAGCAUUGUAGUGGAACAGCCUGAAUUGAGCCACAAGAGGGCUUAUACACGCAUAGGCCUAUAUCGUGGAAACAUCGUGGCUAUUAAACUUGUUUAUAAAAGAAGCAUUGAUAUUACAAGGAAUAUUCGCAAGGAACUGAAACAGAUCCGCGAAGUUCGACACGAUAACCUGAUUCCUUUCAUUGGGGCUUGUGUGGAUCAUGGGAAUCUGUGUGUGUUAACAGCUUACUGUGCAAGGGGAAGCCUGGAAGAUGUUUUGGCUAACAAAGACUUACAUCUUGACAACAUGUUUGUGUCUUCUCUAGUAUCAGAUAUCCUUAAGGGAAUGAUCUACCUACAUGAUAGUGAGAUCAUGUCCCACGGCAACUUACGCUCAAGCAACUGUCUUGUGGAUUCACGCUGGGUCCUUCAGAUUACAGACUUUGGUCUCCAUGAGUUCAAAGCAGGUCAAGAGGAGCCAGAUCACAAGCAGAAGGAACUGCGGCGCCACCUGUGGCAAGCACCCGAACUUCUGCGAAGUCCAAACCCUCCACCACAAGGAACUCAAAAGGGGGAUGUUUACUCAUUUGCUAUAGUCCUGUAUGAGAUCAUGGGGCGAGCUGGUCCUUGGGGCCAAGUUGACAUGAAAUAUGACGAAAUCGUGGAGAGGGUACGUAACCCAGCGGAGGGUCACAUUUUCCGACCACCGACCGAACGUCUCGGAAUAGCAGACUACGUCUCACGCUGCAUGCAGAACUGUUGGGAUGAAGAUCCAGAACAGAGACCUGACAUCCGCUACGUCCGGGCGAAGCUGAAAGAGAUGCAGGCCGGACUGAAGUCGAACAUCUUCGACAAUAUGCUGGCCAUCAUGGAGAAGUAUGCUUACAACCUAGAGGGGUUGGUGCAGGAGCGUACCAAUCAGCUUGUUGAGGAGAAGAAGAAGACAGAAGCUCUUCUGCAUCGCAUGCUGCCAAAGACUGUGGCAGAGGCAUUGAAGAGAGGAGAUCCAGUAGAAGCAGAGAGCUUUGACUGUGUUACUAUUUAUUUCAGUGAUAUUGUGGGGUUUACUGAACUGUCAGCUGUCAGCACACCACUGCAGGUCGUGGACCUGCUGAAUGACCUUUACACUUGCUGUGACUCCAUCAUCUCAAACUACGACGUCUACAAAGUCGAGACGAUCGGAGACGCUUACAUGGUCGUGAGUGGUCUGCCAGUACGAAAUGAUGACAGACAUGCUGGAGAGAUUGCAUCCAUGGCCCUUCAUCUUCUUAAAAAAAUAAAACGUUUUGAAAUCAGACACCGGACAGGAGAACAGCUGCGCCUCCGCGUCGGUAUUCAUUCCGGCCAGUGUGUUGCGGGUGUGGUGGGACUCAAGAUGCCCCGCUAUUGCCUGUUCGGUGACACAGUCAAUACUGCAAGUCGUAUGGAGUCGUCAGGUGAAGCAUUUCGCAUCCACAUCUCUGAGGCAACUCAUAUUUUGCUGGAUCGUCUAGGGGGUUACUAUUGCGAGGAAAGAGGGCUGACACAAAUCAAGGGAAAGGGAGAGAUGCAGACAUACUGGUUGGUGGGAGAAGACCCCGCACAUCGGCUGGCUAGAAUCGGUGGGGAGACGAUCGGCUCGGCAGGGAUUUUCAGUUCUGACCGGUCGAACGGGCUUGAGACACCGGAUCUGUUAAGGCACCCUACGAGCACCAACAUUCUGUCCGAUGAAGAUUCUCCAUCUGACAGUAAAGUCGAGAUGUUGCACCAGCUACAUAUGCGAGCCUUCAAGGCAUACACAAAACAACAGGAAAUGUGUCCAGGGAUUACAGCGAGUUGUUCCAGUACGUUACGCAUUCCAUCCCCGGGCCGCGGCGUUGCCGACAGCUGCGCGCGCGGCCAUCACUCUGCUCCCACCAUAACAUUUCAGGAAAGUUCUGCAUCACUUCCAGGAAAUUAUGUCUGACAGCCUGUUACCUGUGCCUGGAGUGAGCUGUUUAUUACAAAGUGAUGUUACUCGUCUGAUAAUUUGAUUGCUGACUGAAUUUUACGAUGACUUCAGAAUACUAAGAUAAAAGUUAUCUGGGUCUAUUUAA